UGACCGAGAGAUAUCAUAUUCAUCUCUCCACGAGGUUCUGGUUCUGUUUUCGCCACACACACGUUCACCAUCAUUCUCAACUCGUUCCGAGUUGACUCACUCCUUUCCCUUUCAAGAUCAACCACCACCGUCUCCACCACCGCGCUCCGCCGUCAUUGCUACCUCCACCACUCUUCUCCGUCAAUGCGAAACUCGCCGUCGAUUCUCGCCGGAACCUCCUUUUCCUUUCCCUUUGGACUUUGACUUUGCUUUGUCGUGAAUCCGAUGGGUCCCUUUCGCUCUCUCUUGCUCUUCGCCGCCCUCUUCUCCCUCCUCCGCCCCCUCGCUGCCAGCGACGGCGACGCCGAUCCGCUUUACAUAGGUUGCGUGGAGCAGUGUGAGAAAACUGGAUGUGUAGGGGAUAGAUGCUUUCAACAUUGUAAAUUCUCAUCAGAUGGAAAACCAAUUGAUGGUCCAUGGUAUAUGCAUGAACCCCUCUACCUGAGGUGGAAACAAUGGGACUGUCGCACUGACUGUAGGUAUUACUGUAUGCUAGCUAGAGAGGAAGAAAGAACAAAACUUGGCGACAAGCCUGUCAAGUAUCAUGGAAAAUGGCCAUUUUGGCGUGUUUAUGGAAUUCAGCAUGGAUAUAUUAUAUGGUUUCAGGAACCUGUGGCUGUUGCUCUGUCUGCCCUCAAUCUUGCUAUGCAGUUUCAUGGCUGGGUAUCCUUUUUCAUUCUUGUGUACUACAAGUUGCCUUUGAGGCCAGAUAAGAAGACUUACUAUGAGUACACUGGCUUGUGGCAUAUUUAUGGGAUUCUAUCUAUGAAUUCAUGGUUGUGGAGUGCUGUUUUUCAUAGUAGAGCUGUGGAAUUAACAGAGAAGCUGGAUUAUUCUUCUGCUGUGGCCUUGCUUGGAUUCACCCUCAUUCUAACAAUAAUGCGAGCUUUUAACGUGAGGGAUGAGGCUACAAGAGUCAUGAUUUCUGCUCCCUUGAUUGCUUUUGUGACAACUCAUAUCAUGUAUCUGAAUUUCUACCAACUUUCUUAUGGUUUGAACAGGGUAGUUUGCACGGCAAUGGCCGUAGUCCAGCUUCUCACUUGGGCAAUUUUUGGUAGUGUUUCCAACCAUCCAGCACGAUGGAAAUUAUGGACCGCAGUGGUUGGAGGAAGCUUAGCUAUGAUCUUGGAGACAUAUGACUUCCCACCUUACAUGGGAUAUGUGGAUGCUCAUGCUCUAUGGCAUGCAACAAGCAUUCCUCUCACCUUUCUCUGGUGGAGUUUUGUAAGGGAUGAUGCUGAGUUUAGGACCUCAACACUUCUUAAGAAGGCGACCAGCUUUUGCUCUCUGCCAAACUCAAAGGGUGGCAGAAAUUAUUAAAAGAUAUAAACUAGAGAUUGUAACUCUAGCUAAUCUAUCUUCUUUGACUGUAAUCAAUGAAAAUUACCCUGUUCCAUCUAGAUAUGCCGUAUCACUUGUAAAUGAAAGCCUUUCUGUUUAUUUGGACCUUCAAGGAAAUAUUUCUUCAGAAGCAGGGCAAAAAGAGAUCCAGAAUCAGAUACAAGAGUGAAGGAAGGGAAUAGAAAGACUAGAGAAGGCUAUGAAUGCACCAGGGUAUGAAGAUAAGGUUCAAGAUGGAAAUAGAAAGAAGCUAGAGUCCUUUCUAAAGAAGAUGGAUACCCUUCAAAAUAUAACUCCUGAGGAAAUAGCUAGACAUAUUAAUUACUAGCUUCUGAUUAAGUAUACUGAACUAGAUUGACCAUUCAAGUUCCUCUCAUGGUUCUUGAAUGAAGCAUGAGAAAGCUAAAGUAGCAACAUCAGCAUCGUUUUACAUUUUGUAUAUUUACAAGUUUCAUUAUUGUCUGUUGUAAUACGUACCAUGUCUUCAUUCCUAUGUUAAUUUAAGUUUUUCUAACUUUU